AGCGGCGACCCCGCAAACUCACGGUCAUCAACAAAAGCAGUAAAAAAAAUAUUUUCGGCCCCGCUUCGAAUUUUACGCCGAGCGCCGACUUUCCAGACUCACCGCAGGGUUGUCGCGGACCCUCUGGAACUGCUCGACCAUCCCCUGGCGAGUGUGGUGGUGAUAUUUGAUGAUGCCGCGGAGAAUUCGGUCCAUUUCGGCCGACUAGCGAGCAUGCAGUAGAGAGCGAGUCGAGCGCGGCUGCCUACACUCCAGGGUCAAGGAUUUGGAUUCUUCGCGAGUUGCCAACGCUGGAGAGGCCGGCCGGACGUCAUGCGAGGUUUGCAGUGCUGAAUGAUUGAACUGACGAGCAAUAAAAUACGUACCUUCUAAAAUGACUUAUAAAUUGAGAAAUGGAAGAGGUUCCAAACAAGAAGAUCUCGCCAAUGGCAGUCAUGUGCGAAAGUCAAAUUCAAAAAUUGCCGAAGAGACUUGGGACGCCAAUAUUCCAAUACCAAUUUUUCCGAUAUGGACUUCUAUCAUUUUGAUCUGCUGCUGCGCCACUAUCUCAUUUGUUCCGGCUCUGACUGGAGACUUUGUUUUCGACGACUCGGAAGCCAUCAUCAAUAACGAAGACGUGCGGACAUCAACUCCGGUCUCAAGCAUUUUCUACAAUGACUAUUGGGGCACAAGACUCAACCAUCCCAACAGUCACAAGUCAUACAGACCUAUAAAUGUCCUUUCUUUUAGAUUGAAUUACUGGUUGAGUGGAGGAGUGCUGAUUGCCAGGAGCUUCAAGUUAACAAAUUUACUCCUACACAUCGUGAUUUCUGUCCUUUCGCUCAGCAUUUUUGACAGAAUGUUUGGAGGAAACUGCCCAAAGGCGUCUCUUCUAGCAAGUUUGCUCUUUUCAGUGCAUCCCAUUCAUUGUGAAGCUGUUGCGGGAAUUGUUGGACGAGCUGACCUUCUCUGCGCACUUUUCUUCUUCUUGGCCUUUCUCAGCUACUGCAAAUCCGUGGACAGCUCAAUUUUCAGCAUCCAGAUUUUACCAGCAGUAAUCUGGCUUGAUCUGACAAUGAUUUUCUCCCUUGUGUCGAUGCUUUGCAAGGAACAAGGAAUCACAGUUAUCGGCUUGUGCAGUGCUUACGACGUGAUCAAUCUAUGGCAAGAAAGGGAUCGGAAGAAAAGAAAAAAUGUUAUAAUGAGACACAUUGCCCUGGCCUUGUGGGGCUCGGUCCUGUUGUUUGGCAGGUGGUUUGUAAUGGGAGGCCAAGUUCCAACAUUUCAGCCAGUGGACAAUCCAGCGUCUUUUGCUGAAAGCUUUUUUACGAGGGUUGUAAGCUACAACUAUAUUUACGCACUAAAUUUCUGGCUCUUGCUCUGCCCCGACUGGUUGUGCUUUGACUGGGCAAUGGGCUGCGUUCCUCUCGUCACAUCACCUCUUGAUUUGAGAGUUCUGGCUCCAAUUUUGCUUUGGGUCAUGAUGACUUUGCUUGGCCUUAGAUGGUUUUUCACCAUGACCACAAACUCCGCAAAGACUUUGGCCUUGGGACUGGCACUGCUGAUUGUUUCAUUUUUACCAGCGUCCAAUCUUUUAUUCCGAGUGGGCUUUGUCAUAGCCGAGCGAGUUUUAUAUUUGCCAUCGGCUGGCUUUUGUGUGCUCAUCACGUUAGGUGUGCGCCAAUUGUCUUCACUCUCUCCGUUAUAUCAUCAUACAAUAAGAAGCAGCUUUAUGAUGCUGCUUGUUACCCUCGCUCUAAAAUCAUGCCAAAGAAGUCGAGAAUGGGGCACAGAGCAAGAGCUUUUCAGGUCAGCACUGAGUGUCUGUCCUCUGAAUGCCAAAGUGCACUACAAUGUAGCAAAAAACGCAGCAGAUUUAGGAGACAAGCAGCUAGCUCUGGAAGAAUAUGCAGCCGCCUUAAAGCUUUAUCCUGAGUACGAGCAAGCGAUGAAUAAUCUUGGGAAUUUACUUCGAGAUGGAGGGCAUUUGAGCGAAGCUGAAAAGCUACUCAGCCAAGCUGUCAAUAUCCGUCCAAAUUUUGCGGCAGCUUGGAUGAAUCUGGGAAUUGUACAGGCAGGGCUUAAAAAAUUCCAAGAUGCAGAAGAGAGUUACAAAACGGCGCUUCAAAAUCGACCAAAGUAUCCCGAUUGCUACUACAACCUAGGAAACUUGUUUCUGGAGCAAGGCAGACAUGAUGAUGCAUACGAAGCGUGGAGGAAUGCAACUGAUCUCAAACCGACUCAUGUGGUUGCUUGGAGCAACAUGGUUAUUAUGCUAGACAGUAUUGGUCGCAGAGAGCUAGCUGAGGAAGUUGGCCGGGAAGCUCUCACCUAUCUUCCCAAUGAGGCUGGUCUUCACUUUAAUUUGGCAAACACGCUGGGAAAGCUCAAGCAGUUUGUCAAAGCUGAGCGGCACUUCUUAAAAGCAACCAUGCUCGAUCCGGAAAACGCCAAAUACCAUGCAAACCUUGGAGUUCUUUAUCACCGCUGGAAAAAGUACUCGUUGGCUGAAAAGCGCUAUUUGAAAGCUCUAGAAUUGGAUCCAACCUUACAAACGGCAAAAGACAAUUUAUCGAUGCUACACAAAAAUAUGAGUAAAAGAAGGAAAACUUCUGAAAAGCAAUGAUUAAGAAUUCACAAAGAAACUAAGAGAACUGAUUCUAUAGUAUUAUAUCUCAAGACUUUUUAACUUUUUACAUUUGUAGUUGUCAAGUAGAUUUUUAUAGGAAUGUUGACUGUAUCCAAUAAGACAGUGCUUCAAAUCAUUCUCAGUCAUUAUUGUGUAGUACAUUUUAACUUAUUUGAAUGUAAUUAAGUUAAAUGCUGUAUUGUUCAUUAAAGGUCAUAGGGUAAAAACUUUGCGGUA